AGAAAAAAAAAAGGCAGCGUCUAAGUGAGAGAGAGAGUGCGCGAAACCGAACCGAACCGAAGCAAAGCAAAUCAUCAUAUCAUAUCUGUCACUGCAAUUAUAUCUUAAUCUUUUCCCUUUUCUCUUUGGCUCCGCUCCUUUCUCUGAGUUCAACAGGCUCAUUAUAUCGUGUUUUCAAUGUCCAUCGGAUCGGACCGAAGCCUCCUAUCACCACGAUGCCAUCAUUAUUUGAUGGAUCACCGCGUGGAACGAAUUCAAUUGUGAAAUCAUUUUCCUGUCCUGCAGUUCAGGAAUUUGUGAUAUCACUUUGGUGUUGUUCAAGAAGCCUUUGCUGUUUAUGUAUCUAUUAUAUUUCCAGCUCUUUGCCUAUGGGAACUAAAUCGGUUGUGGAUUUAAUGGAGUCUACAUCCGAGGUUCAUUUUUCUGGAUUUCACAUGGAUGGCUUAGAGCGAAGAAAGUCUGGCACCGAUCAACCAACCACUUCAGCAACUGACGUGUAUAAACAACCUUUUGUCAUAGGUGUUGCUGGUGGAUCAGCAUCCGGUAAGACAUCAGUUUGUGAUAUGAUUAUUCAACAGCUUCAUGAUCAACGAGUUGUACUUGUUAAUCAGGAUUCUUUUUACCAUAAUUUGACUGAGGAGGAACUUUCAAGAGUACAAGAUUACAACUUUGACCAUCCUGAAGCUUUUGAUACUGAGCAAUUGCUACGCGUCAUGGACAAGUUGAAGCGUGGCCAAGCAGUAGAUAUUCCGAAGUAUGACUUUAAGGGUUACAAGAGUGAUGUUUUUCCAGCAAGACGGGUAAACCCAGCGGAUGUUAUAAUUUUGGAAGGUAUCCUUGUUUUCCAUGAUCCACGAGUGCGGGCAUUGAUGAAUAUGAAGAUAUUUGUCGACACAGAUGCUGAUGUUCGUCUGGCUAGAAGAAUUAAGCGUGAUACUGCUGACAAUGCUCGUGAUAUUGGAACUGUGCUAGAUCAGUAUUCUAAAUAUGUGAAGCCGGCUUUUGACGACUUUAUUCUUCCCACCAAGAAAUAUGCUGAUAUCAUUAUACCCCGUGGAGGAGAUAAUCACGUGGCAAUUGAUUUGAUUGUACAGCAUAUUCGCACGAAGCUUGGUCAACAUGACUUGUGUAAAAUAUAUCCUAACUUAUAUGUCAUUCAAUCUACUUUUCAGAUACGGGGUAUGCAUACCCUGGUUGUAGAACACGGCCUAGGGCAUCUUCCAUUUACAGAAAAGCAAGUAACCACUUCAACUGGAUCGGUGUAUAGUGGUGUGGACUUCUGUAAGAGGUUGUGUGGCGUCUCCAUCAUUCGAAGCGGGGAGAGUAUGGAAAAUGCUUUACGAGCAUGCUGCAAAGGUAUCAAGAUUGGGAAAAUUCUUAUUCAUAGAGAAGGUGACAAUGGUCAACAGCUAAUAUAUGAGAAGUUGCCCAGUGAUAUCUCAGAAAGGCAUGUAUUACUGUUGGAUCCUAUCUUAGGAACAGGUAAUUCGGCUGUUCAAGCAAUUUCUUUACUUUUAAAGAAGGGGGUCCCAGAGUCUAACAUUAUAUUUCUCAAUCUCAUAUCAGCACCUCAAGGAGUUCAUGUGGUCUGCAAAAGCUUUCCCAGAAUAAAAAUCGUGACAUCUGAGAUUGACAUCGGAUUGAAUGACGAUUUCCGUGUCGUACCAGGCAUGGGCGAGUUUGGGGAUAGGUACUUUGGAACGGACGAUGAUGACCAGCAGGUGGUGACCCCUUCAAAGUAGUUAUACUUUGGCCAAAUCCACAAUAUUUUUUGGUUGAUCAUUAUUAAUGAGAUUAUCACUGCAAAAGGGCUAAGAUUUGCCGAAUUAAGGAUAUUGGGCUGAGUUAUAGUUCUAAAUCAAUUUUGAUCAUAAUCCUUUUGUUUUGUUUUACAAACAGACGCAUACUCGGAAUAUUCCAAUGCAAAUUUUGUGUUACCUUUUAUUUUAUACCAGAAUUUUUCUUCUGA